GUUGGUUCGGUUUACAAUAAAGAAACCGGCAGCCAAAUUGGAGCAUUCCUGAACGAAACAUUGAGAAAAAUAGUUCGCCAGUUUUCCCUUCCCAUCUCUUCUUCUUCCUCAAUCGCUCCAAUUUAUGAGUACUUGAUUCAGUGUUCAUCGAUUUUCUCCAAUGGCAUUCUAACAAUAAUGAAUUUCACAUCACUCGCUUCAAAGCGUUCCAUCUCGUCUCUCCACCCUCUCUCUACCAGAAUAAAGCAAACAGAAAAUGAAAUUGUUCAAAUGUUUCGAGUGUCCACUCCAAGUCCCGAAGCCUCCAACUUCUCUUUCAAUCGGAAGGUGCUGCGGAGGGAUCCUUCUGUUCGUACUCUAGACGAGAGAUUCAUAAGGAUUUUGAAAAUUUUCAAAUGGGGUUCUGAUGCAGAGAAGGCGAUUGAAGUACUGAAGCUCAAAGUUGAUCACAGGUUAGUUCAUCAAGUUUUGGACAUUGAUGUAGAAAUUAGGGCUAAAAUUCAAUUCUUCAAAUGGGCUGGAAAGAGACAGCAUUUCCAGCAUGAUUCCACUACGUAUAUGGCUUUAAUUCGUUGUUUAGAGGAAUCUGGACUUGUUGAUGAAAUGUGGAGGACAAUCCAAGAUAUGAUUCGUAGUCCAUGUUCUGUUGGUCCAGCUGAAUGGUCUGAAAUUCUUAAAAUCUUAGGAAAGGCAAAAAUGGUGAACAAGGCAUUGUCUGUGUUUUAUCAGAUUAAAGGUCGUAAAUGCAACCCAACAGCAACAGUUUACAAUACUUUGAUCUUGAUGCUUAUGCAUGAAGGUCACCAUGAAAAGAUUCAUGAGCUCUACAAUGAGAUAUGCAGUGAGGGUAACUGUUCCCCUGAUACAAUCACUUACAGUGCACUUAUCUCGGCGUUUGGAAAACUAGAACGUUAUGAUUUCGCAUUUCGACUAUUUGACGAGAUGAAGGAGAAUGGCUUACACCCGACUGAAAAGAUUUAUACUACCAUAUUGGCAAUGUAUUUUAAGUUGAAUAAGGUUGAGGCAGCUUUGCGUUUGGUUGAGGAGAUGAAAGGAAAGGGUUGUGCUCCAACUGUUUUUACUUACACUGAAUUAAUAAAGGGGCUUGGGAAAGUUGGAAGGGUAGAUGAUGCUUAUAGUUUGUUUUUUAAUAUGUUGAAAGACGGUUGCAAGCCUGAUGUUGUACUUAUAAACAAUUUGAUCAAUAUAUUGGGCAGGGCGGGUCGUUUGGAAGAUGCUUUAAAGCUUUUUGGUAAAAUGGAUUCUUUGCAGUGUGCACCCAAUGUGGUUACAUACAACACUGUAAUAAAAGCUAUCUUUGAAUCAAAAGCUCCAGCUUCUGAGGCUGCUUUGUGGUUUGAAAAGAUGAAGGCAAACGGCAUUGCUCCCAGUUCGUUCACGUAUGCAAUUCUUAUUGAUGGUUUCUGCAAGACAAAUAGAGUUGAGAAGGCUUUAUUGCUUCUUGAAGAAAUGGAUGAAAAGGGGUUUCCUCCAUGUCCAGCUGCUUAUUGCAGCCUGAUCGAUAGUCUUGGACGGGCAAAAAGAUAUGAAGCUGCAAAUGAGCUAUUUCAAGAACUAAAAGAGAACUGUGGACGCUCUAGUGCACGGGUAUAUGCUGUGAUGAUAAAACAUUUUGGCAACUGUGGACGUCUAAGUGAUGCUGUUGAUCUUUUUUGUGAAAUGAAAAAACUUGGAUGUAGCCCUGAUGUUUAUACUUAUAAUGCACUCAUGUCAGGGAUGAUAAGGGCUGGAAUGAUUGACGAGGCUCAUUCCUUGAUGAGGAACAUGAGAGAAAAUGGUUGCACGCCAGACAUAAAAUCGCACAAUAUUAUAUUAAAUGGCUUAGCUAAGACUGGUGGCCCGAAGCGAGCAAUUGAAAUGUUUACAAAGAUGAAAGAAUCAGAGAUCAUGCCAGAUGCAGUUUCGUAUAAUACCAUACUUAGUUGUCUCAGUCGAGCUGGUAUGUUUGAGAUGGCUGCAAAGUUAAUGAGAGAGAUGAAGUUGAAAGGUUUCGAGUACGAUUCCAUCACUUACUCGUCAAUCCUUGAAGCAGUUGGUAAAGUUGAUGAAGAUUGCAGUCCAACUGCUUAAUUGUAAAGAUCAUAUGCUAGUUUCUCUUAAGCUUUCUCUUAAGGUUUAUAGAUUAACAUAAUAUUUUGAAGUACCCCAUGUACUUCUUAUCAGCAAUUCGAUAAUCAACAUCGACAAACAUCUUAACAGCACAAAGGCUUUCUCUUUUUAGUAAUGCCAUCAGUGAGGUCAUGUUUCUUUUAACCAUGGCUAGCAGCGAGCUAGAUGGAGGUUACAACCAUUCAUAAAGGUUAAGUGCCUUGGGAGGGUUCCAUCAAAUCUUAAUCUUGGGUUAACAAGCGACAUUGACCGUGGAUCCCACCCAACAAUUUUGGUUAAGAUAUCGUUUUGGUCCCUUUUCUUUGAGUUUCAUUCUAUAUACCUUUCUUUUAAGUUAUUGUAAUCGUAUUUUCAAUAAAUCUUAAAUAUAAACAGUUAUUAGUUUAUUUUUUAUUUUAAAGACAAAAAAAAAUCAUCUACCAUGAGACCUUUGUCCUA